UGUACAAUUAACAAAAAUUUUUCAUCUUUCAGAGAAGUAUAAUCUGGCAUAUAGGUUUUUCUUGCUUUUGUCAGAUAUACUAUUAUUUGUAUACAUAUAAACAUUUCUAUCCCUCGAUUGUUAGAUACGCACGAGAGGGGAUAAACCUAUAUAAGCUUAUACACCGACGCAGUACUUACAUAGUGGGGGCAGUGUUUCUCUAUGGCACUUGUAGUUCAUAUUUUCUCCAUAUCUAUCGCUGAAGUCGCAAUGUUAGAAGCGAGAAAUAGUGAACUGCCUUAAAACACGUAAUUCUUCGGCGGAAAAACAACGUAUAAAACGCCUAUAUAGUUCUAGCCUUAAAAGUAAAACACAUUCAUAAUAUUUAAAACAUUCAUCAGGAAAAGCCAUAUUUUGAAUAUUAUUUUAAUUCAAGCUUUAUUUAUAAAUAAUAUAAAUUUAGAAUAUUACUAGCUUGCCACCUAUAAUUACAUUUCUUCAACAAAAAUCUGAUGGCAACAAGUAUAAUAAUUGGAAUUCGAUAGCAAUGCCACAGUCGAUAUUUGAAACUAAUAAAUAAUAUACCGUAGAUAUUCGCUCUUAUGUCGAUAUGUUUUAUGUCUAACGUUUAUGCGUCUGUGCGAACUUUCGUGAUCAAAUUGAAAAUUAAUUGCGCGGUUCUUACAAGAAUGGAAGAAGAUUCGGAGGAUGCAAAGUUAAGUUCUAAGUUUUUAAAUAACUUGAAAGAAAAAGGAAAAUCGUUUGAUGGAUUCAAUGAUGGUCUCAAAAUAUUACAACGCGAAGCUACGACAAAAGGAUUAUCGAACGAGGAUAUUGAUCAAUUGAUAAAUAUUAUUAUACAUGUUGAUUUUGGUGCUGUGAAACAUAUCUUGCUAAUAAAAUGUCUAGUACCGAUAUAUAAAAUAUCUAAUAAAGCACUGAAGCUUAUGAUAACAUGGUGUUUGUCUUCCUUGGAUGACUUAAAAAUCACCGUAGCAAUUAUAAUUAUGCAAUGGAUUGUUGGUUUGUGGGAAUAUGGUCUUGCCGAAAAAAAAAUCAUUAGUAUGUACUAUGAUGUAUUUUUUCAUUGGAUGCUCAGAAAAGAAAAAUUGGAGAAGCAUAUAGCACAAGUGAUAUAUAUAUUAACAAAACCAGAAGAUGUAACACGUCGAAAUGUUUCUAGAAUAUUAUUUCUUCAUAAGAAGCAUUCCAAUCGACAAAAACAUACUACUGCCUUACUUUCCUUGUUUAAAACUUAUAAGCCUGAAUUAGUGCCAGAAAGAAUUGAAACUAUGAAUAUAGAAAGUGUUUGGAGACCCAUACCAGAAAUAUUACGAAUAGCAUUAAAAGAUGCUAAAGAUCGUACAGAAAUGCAACAGAACCUUAAUGAAAUAACAGAACAUUUUAAUUGGAAUAUUUCAAAAUUUUCUAAAAAAAGGGAAAAAUUACUCUUACCAUCUGUUGGAUAUUUUCAUAUUGGUUCGAGUAUCUUUAAAGAAAAAGAUGCCAAAUCUAUUUUUGAUGUAUAUAGCAUUAACGAAUUAGGACAACAUUAUUCAAGUAUUGAACUACCUUGUAAUGCAAUAUCUUUACUAGUUAAUAUGGCUGGUUACCAUCUUCUCACAUAUGCUGAUUUUCAUUUUCAAAGUAGAUUUUCUUACAACCUUUAUAAUACACUUAGAAGAGCAUUUAUAUUAGAAAGAGGUAAAUUUUCUAAAACAGAAAUGGAGAAAAUACUCGAUAUGACUGUCGAAUUUUCUAAAUAUAUGCAACAAGGUAUACUUGUUGUAAAUCUUUUUAUUGAUGAGUACUUGUAUUUAAACAGCAGAGAACAUGAUAUUAAAAUAUUAGAAUUAUUACAAUGGAUGACUUUUAUAUCUAUAACUGAAGUACAGCAAACGAUAUUACCACAUAUAAAAAAUAUGUUUUAUGAAUCAUCAAUUACCCUCAAAUGUAAAAUUAUAGAAACUUGUAGAAUUCUUAUCACUAAUAUAUUCAUUAAUCAAGGAUUUGAUGAAUGUUGUCAAAAAGUACCAGCACCAUUUUUGGGGCAAGCACCAACGGAUAAAAUAACUGAUAUUAUUUCUAUUCUUAUAAAAAUCUCAAAAGAUCUUAUUAUAACUGGUUUAAAUGCACAUUCAUAUAAUAUAUUACUUCUAUCUGAAAGUCUUACAUUUUAUGAAGUGCUUUUUGAAUUAGAAUCUCGUAGUUACAUAUCAACAUGGGCUAUAGCUCCUGCUCCUGUGAUUUAUGCAGCAUUUGCAACUAAAAAUUGUGCAUUUGUUAAUAGAAUUUGUGCAUUGAUAUUAAGAUAUUUGGAAAUGGCUGAAAUACUAAAACAACAAAAUAUGGAUGAUUUUAAUGAAAACAUUGAAACAAUAUCUAUUUAUAUUACAGAUAUAGCAGGAGCUUUUUGGUAUAAUAAGGCUUUUAGCAAUCAACAUGAUUAUUUUUUUAAAUCACCUGCUUUAGAAGAAUUUGGUAACUGUAAUUUUAAUCUUCAAUUAAAUAUUAAUAAUCAUUAUGCCACUCUACCUUAUAAACAUGUAAUCACCAAAGAGUUUCUUAAAGGUGUCAAAAUAACAACUAAGGAGGAUGCUAUCAAUGUCGCUGAACAGUACUAUCCUGCAGUUAGAGAAUUUUUAAAACAAGUAAUACCAGAAUUACAAGAAUAAUAAUAAUAAAUGAUUAAUAUUAUUUAAGAAAAAUUUGUAUCUAUAUUUGAAAUUAUAAAAAAUAAAA